AUUGUUCUAUCAUGACUCUUUUUGAAUCAAGAAGAGAAGCUUGAUUCUAUCAACUUGUAUUAAGGAUCUUUUUUGUUUAUCAAUGUUGUGUAAACUUGCAUCCCCCCUUUUUUUUUUCUCUCUCUUGCGUUAUUAUAAAUAGACUUUCUGAGUUUUUAUGCGUCGAACCACAAAAUAGCCAAGAACGUACCUGUCCUAGUUUUACAGCCCUCUUUUUUCUUUUUUCUUUUUUUCUGUUGAUGCAAUGGUUAAUCAAGGUCUAAUAAAACUAAUCACCUUGUUUGCAUCUUUUACUCUGGUGCAAGCGAAAUACAUUGGGAAGCGUGAGCCUAAUCGAGAAUAUUACACACUACAUGUUCCGCAAGGUGAAUCAGAAGCAGCUGAACAGAUUGCACAACAGUUAGAUGUUCGUUUUGAGGGACAAGUAGGAGAACUAGACACAUAUUAUAUGGUGAGUGCACCAAGAGAAGCCAUUCAGAAACGAGAUGGACAAGAUGGAAUAGUGACCAAGUUUCACCAAUACAAACAACAUUACGAAUCACUUUCUUUAAGCAAACGACAAGAACAGGCAUGGACUAAAGUGCAAUCUAUUGAUAAACAGAUACCCAAGAGACGAAUCAAACGUGGACCACUGCCUGUACUCACACCUGAAGAACGAGUGGUAGAUGCUCAAGUGUCACUAGGCAUAAAAGAUCCACUAUUUGGCAAACAGUGGCAUCUGAUUAACCAAAGGGAUCCCGGUAAUGAUAUCAACAUUACCGGCGUGUGGAAACAAGGUAUCACUGGUAAAGGUGUUACCGUUGUCAUAUUGGAUGACGGCUUAGACUACAAUAGCACAGAUUUGGCAGAUAAUUUUUAUGCUGAAGGAUCAUAUGAUUUCAAUGACCAUGAGCCUUUGCCUACACCAAAGCUCUGGGAUGAUACACAUGGUACUAGAUGUGCCGGACAAAUUGCCGCUGUCAGAAAUAAUGCCUGUGGUGUUGGCAUUGCUUAUGAUGCCAAAAUAGCAGGUGUCCGCAUUCUUUCCGGUGAUCUUACAGAUGCAGAUGAAGCAUUGGCCCUCAAUUAUAAAUACCAGAAGAACGACAUCUUUUCAUGCUCAUGGGGACCACCUGACAAUGGCGAGACGAUGGAAGCGCCCAAGGGAAUCUUGGCUGAUGCAUUUGAAAAGGGAAUUCGAGAGGGAAGAGGUGGAAAAGGGUCGAUCUAUGUGUUUGCUACUGGAAACGGUGGCACAUCGGGUGAUAACUGUAAUUUUGAUGGAUAUACCAACAGUAUCUAUACUAUCACUGUCGGUGCCAUUGACCAUACGAAUGCGCAUCCUCCUUAUUCCGAAGCCUGUUCUGCUCAACUUGUGGUGACAUACUCUAGUGGUGGUGGAGAAUAUAUUCAAACGACAAAUGUUGGCCGCAACGACUGCUCUGAUCGACACGGUGGAACGUCUGCAGCUGCACCGAACGCGGCAGGUAUAUUUGCCCUUGUACUCUCUGUACGACCUGAUCUGACCUGGCGUGACUUGCAGCAUCUUUGUGUGCAAACAGCCGUGCCAGUGACAACAGAUGACAGUGAUUGGAAGCAGCUACCAUCAGGAAGACUUUAUAAUCACAAGUUUGGUUAUGGUAAAUUGGAUGCUUAUGCAUUAAUCGAAGCAGCCAAGAAAUUCAAGCCGGUUGGACCGCAGACUUGGCUCGAACUGCCUAGUCCCUUCAAAAAACGAUCGAUUCCUGACUCAACAGGUUUAAAGACCAGAAAGGCUCUCAAGAGCAUUGUGCAUGUGACAAAGGAAAUGGUACAAGCAGCUGGUCUGCUUAGGUUGGAACAUGUCACUGCGACUGUCAACAUUGAGCAUCAAAGACGUGGAAACUUGGUCAUUAAUUUGGAAAGUCCUCAUCAAGUGAGAUCUGAAUUGGCUACAAGAAGAAACUUGGAUAAAAGCACAGAUGGGAUGAAAAUCCAGUAGGCGAUUGGACACUUUAUGUCUAUGAUGUGGACAACCCAGAAUCCAGAGGAUCUUUGCUCAAUUGGACCUUGACCCUAUAUGGCGAGCAGGAUCCUGAGUUCAAAGGAACGCCUAUACACUCAACCACUGGUUUCCACCAA